UUACGAGUAUAUACCAACAUUCCUAACCACGUCCUCAAUCAUGUCCCCGACAUUCCUAUUAAUUCUACCCUCCUAGCCUAUAUCAUCGACAUCGCAUCUUCCUAACACCUCCAUAACAUGGGGUGAAGUUGGUCGCACCCUCGUAUUUGAGCAACAGAACCCCACCAUCUCAUCCGCAUAACUACCUCCGCCUCCCUAGCUAGACAAGGGAGAAGCUCCCCACAAGGCUGAAGAUGUCUUCGGUCUUUGCCUCCAUCGUGAGGCCUGGGCGACCUCCUCGCGCGAAUAGUAAUCACACGAAUGCCUCCGCUGAUAUCCUACAACCACCGUCCCCCGAGACCGUUGCCGCUGACGCGGACGAGCCCGACCUGCGCGAGUUGAACGCUUCCCUACAAGCCCUUAUCGAAAUCUUUCCCGAUAUACAGCCUGAGGUCUUUCGUGAGAUGUUGCAAUCUUUCAGUGAGGAUAGUAGAUUGCAGGUUGUAACAGAGACGCUUAUGAAGCAUCGUAAGAAAUGGGUGCGGGGUCGGUACCGGAUGCCAGCAGAGCAGGAGGAGCAACAAGAGGCAGCACACCAGUACAAGUACCGUGAUGCUGAUCAGCAGAAGGAUACACGCGGGAUUCCUCUAGCCUUGGAAGAUACCUUUAGGUCGAAAGCCUACCGUGAAGCAGCCAAAGAGGCGCUAUACCAUGAGUUCAAGGGCUUGCGGCAUUCUACCGUGAAGGCAGUACUUGCAGAAUAUAACUGGGGAUAUUCCCAGGCAAGGCCUACUCUAUUGACACUGUCAUCUAGCAGCUGGCGCUCGUCAAUAACGAACUUUUUCAUGCGGCGUAAGGCGCCAAGUGCGAAAGAUCAUCCUCACGUAGUCUGGACAACCCUGGAUGCGAAGAACGGCCAGCAAAAGAUCCCACUACUUGUGAAGACGCGGAGCAGAGAACUGGACCAUGAACUUUAUCAAACGCUCAUAGCACCAGAACUCGAGAAGCAACGGAUAGAACAAAUUUCACUAGACAGAGAACUUGCCCUGAAAUUGAACGAAGAAACCGCAGAAGAGCUGGAAGAGAUGUACGAUUGCGAAUGUUGUUUCAUUCCAAAUACGCUUGAUCAGAUGUCCACCUGUGACAUGGAUGGCCACUACAUCUGCUUCCGUUGCAUUCGCUUCGCCAUCAAUGCCGCGUUGUAUGAUCAAGGCUGGGCACGCAAUAUGAAUACCGAGCUUGGUACACUUCGCUGCAUUGCUCCGAUCACAGACGGAACCGAUGAUUGCACGGGAUGCGUGCCUCUUUCUUUCGUAAGACGUGCGCUACUUGAAGAAACAGACGGCCAGGAUACGCUGCACAAGCUCGACGAACGCUUCUCAUCUGAAGCACUGCUCAAGUCCCAGUUACCACUCUUGCAUUGCCCCUUUUGCUCCUACGCCGAGGUAGACGAAUUGGCUCUUCCGGGCAAUAACCUUCUCCGAGGCCUACGCUUGAAACGAAGGCCUCUUCUUCUCGCUGUUCCUUUGCUUGAGCUCUUCUGUUUCGAAAUCUUCCGCGUUGUUCUCCAGGUCCUUAUCCUUCUGGUUUCCCUGAUUGUACUGAUGAAUUACCUGCUCCCAACGCCAUUCUCUUUCCUUAGGCCUCUGAAAUCGAGCAUUCGCCAGAUCCAUCUAAGGCGUCGCGGCUUACGAUUCCAGUGUCUUUCUCCACAAUGUGGUCGUUACUCCUGCGUUUCCUGCUCUGCGCCAUGGCACGAUCCACACGUCUGCUAUUCGUCACAGUUAGAAUCUCUACGUGCGACGCUAGACCGCGCAACAACAGAUGCCAUCAAGCGAACGUGCCCAAAGUGCAACCUAGGCUUCGUCAAGCUGGAGGGUUGCAACAAGCUUGUCUGCUUGUGCGGGUACGUCAUGUGCUAUGUCUGCCGCGAGGGCCUAGGUAGCCAAGGGUAUACGCAUUUCUGCCAACACUUCCGGGACACACCAGGUCGACCCUGUGCCGAGUGCAACAAAUGCGAUCUCUACCGCGUAGAAGACGACGAUCUAGCUGUUGCGAGGGCCAAAGAGGUCGCGGCGGCAGCAUGGUGGGAAAAGCAAGGCAACACCACCGGCAAGGAUCUCCAGAGAGAAGUAGCUGGAGAAUUGAAGGUAUACCAAGACCGGAGUACCAAAUCUAUACUACGAUUCUGGAGGAAUUGGGAAGUUUGGCUGGAGAAACUCAUAGAAGCGCUGGUGGUUUGAUGCCUCGUACUCCUCUUUCUCUUUCCUUCAGCGACCUCGGGCUUACAGGCCCAUGGUCUGUUACUCGAUUUAAUGGCUGCACCUUGAAGGCUCUUUUCACGAUAUGAUACCCACGCCCUGAUAUGCAGCGUCCUUAUGAUGUAUUAUAGUCCUUACUCUACCUACAAUCCCGCUCUAAUCAAUGAUAUCAUACAUGUUCAAGACCAC